AUGCUGAUGACAAGAAACAAAAAACUUACUAUCAAGGAGUUUUGGUCCAGGGACGAGCUGCUACAUUCCCCUAUUUUCGGAAAAAAAAUGUCAACGGAUAGAUACCUGCAAAUUCAAAGGUAUUUACACUUUUGCGACAAUGAGAAUGCUUCCCCUAAUAAUCGUCUCUAUAAAGUCGACCAUAUUCUAUUGCGAAUAAAGGAGAGGUUUCAAACACAAUUUCGGCCAUUUCAGGACCUUUCUAUCGAUGAAAGCUUAAUACUUUUUAAAGGCAGAUUAAGCUUUAAGCAGUUUAUAAAAAGUAAAAGACACCGUUUUGGAGUUAAGCUAUUUGUUUUAUGCGACUGCGAAACAGGAAUAGUUUUGGACUUCAUAGUAUAUUUGGGAAAAGCUACAAGUGAAAAUUUGGGACCCAAUGAAGACCUGGGUAUAUCCGGAGCUGUUGUAACGAAGCUCAUGGAUCAAUAUCUUAACAAAGGACACUCGCUAUUUACAGAUAACUACUACAGUAGUCCUGCCUUGUCAACUUUUCUUUUUAAAAGUAACACUAACUCUUGUGGAACUGUCCGGCCACAUAGAAAACAUAUGCCAAAAUUCACUGGCAAACUAAAUAAAGGAGAUGUUGAAUGGUAUUCCGGUGCUAAUCUAUUGGUAAUAAAAUGGAAAGAUCGUCGAGAUGUUCAUAUGAUAACCACUAUGCAUGCAAACGAAAUUGAAGUUCUUCCAAAAGUAGACAGGAUCACUAAAGAAAACGUACGGAAGCCCACAUGUGUAGUGGAGUAUAAUAAUAAAAUGGGAGCAGUAGACCGUACUGACAUGAUGAUUUCUAGUAUUGACAGUAUGCGUAAAAGCAUAAAAUGGUAUAAGAAGUUGUAUUUUCAUGUUAUGGAUGUUUGUUUACCUAAUGCCCACGCCAUGUUUUUGACCACGGAUGCUAGAAAAAUUCCAUUAGCGGCAUUUCAGUUAGAGAUCAUUCGUCAGUUAUUUGAGAGGUUAGUAAUCGUCUAA